AUGACAACACCAGAAACAGGGAGUACGAGUGAAUACGUCAAUCAACUAUGGAAAGAUAUUGAGAAGGAGUGUAAUUCCAUUUUGGAGACGAUAAAUCAAAUUGAUGACUUGAAUAGACAGCAACAAUCUGUAUCGAAUGCUCCUGCAUCUUUAUCAAUUGUGCAGAUUGACGGAUGGAAACAGAAAUUGUUCACGACGAUCGAUAUGCACAAAUCGGAAAGUCUCGAACAUUUGGAAGAAGAAAUCGGAAGACUUCAGAAACGAAUGGCUCAAUUUGAAGAGACGCUACAAAUACAAGAUGUUCCGCUAUCCGAGAGUUUUGGUCGGGAUUCGUUAAACAUCAUUAACGGAUAUAAAGAAAUGAUCGAUGUUUGCAAGAGAGCGUCAGAAGACAAUUUGAUGGACAUCAUGAGACAAAUCAAGCAGAUCAGCACACUCAACAUCGAUGCACUUGACUCGCAUCGCCGAUUAAAAAGUGACCUUUGGUUAAUU